CAGGUCGUGAUUCAUGAGUCAUGACCUGUUAAUUCGUCGUUUAAUCUUCCAUUACAUGUACUACAUAUAUAAAGCGUUUCCUUUUGCAAUUUUUGUUUUCACAUUUAUCUUGUUUUCUUGAUGCAAAUUGAAGUGACACAGCAAACACACACACACUCUCUCUCUCUCUCUCUCUCUACGCAUCUAGUAUUAGAUUCGAUUGAGUUCUUCUCUGUCAAUUGCGGUGUUCGAUCGAUUCAUUUGCGUUGAUUGGUUUGUGAUUUGUGGUUGAUUGAAUGACCAGUCAACUGUUUUGAGGUUUUCGCAAUGGAAAAUACAGUAUCAGGACGACUUGUGGGGUGGGAGACUCAUGGUUUCCCAACCAUGGAAGAUUUGGAUGUUGGCAGCAUCAUGGAGGACGCCAAGACAAGAUGGUUGAGGCCAAAUGAGAUUCAUGCAAUACUGUGUAACCCUAAAUAUUUCAGCGUCAACGUUAAGCCAGUGAACUUGCCAAAAAGUGGCACAAUCGUGUUGUUUGACCGUAAAAUGCUCAGGAACUUUCGGAAAGAUGGUUAUAACUGGAAGAAAAAAAAGGAUGGCAAGACCGUCAAAGAAGCUCAUGAACACUUAAAAGUUGGUAACGAGGAAAAGAUCCAUGUAUACUAUGCUCAUGGUGAAGAUAAUUCAACCUUUGUCCGCAGAUGUUACUGGCUACUUGAUAAGACGCUGGAACACAUAGUUCUCGUUCAUUAUCGUGAAACACAAGAGGGUUCCCCCGCCACCCCUGUGAAUUCAAAUUCUAGGUCAGCACUCUCUGACCAAUCUGCUUCUUGGCUCUUAUCAGAAGAAAGUGAUUCUGGGGCUGAUCCAGUGUAUCAUGCUGCUGAGAAAGCACAAUUAGGUUAUGAGCCUGGUGGCAGUAUGACCCACAAAAAUCAUGAAAUGACACUUCAUGAGAUCAAUACACUGGAAUGGGAAGAGCUUUUAGUGCUAGAUGAUCCCAGCAAGUUGAGUGCACCUGAUGGAGGAAAAACUUCAUGCUUUGAGCAGCAGAAUCAAUAUGAAACAAAUGGAUUGACAACUAAUGGUAACAUUAUCCCAUCAGCCAACAAAUUACCUACAGAAAAUUCUUUCAGGAGUCUCUCUGAGCCAAUUGCCCGGAGUAAUUCCAUUCAUUUCAAUAUAUUGGAGAAUCUUCGCUUGCAGAUGAUGGAAAGUCAAACAAAUUCAAAUUUGCAGAAAAAGGAUUAUCAACUGGGAACAGUGGGCACUGGUGAGACUUUAGACAUUAUUGGUAAGGAUGGUUUGCAAACACAAGACAGCUUCGGAAGGUGGAUUAACUACAUCAUGGCUGAUUCUCCAGGAUCAGUAGAUGAUCUGGAAUUUUCAAUUCAGAGUAGUCACGAAUCAUCUACGUCACCAAUGAUGGAUCAUCUUCAAUCAUCUGUUCCAGUACAAAUUUUCACUAUUACUGAUGUCUCUCCUGGAUGGGCUUUUUCAACUGAAGAGACAAAGAUCCUCAUCACUGGAUUUUUUAAUGAUCCACAUCUUGCAAAAUCCGAUAUAUAUUGUGUAUGUGGAGAUGCAUGUGGUCCUGCAGAAAUUGUCCAAUCUGGAGUGUUCCGCUGUUUGGUUUCACCACAUACCCCUGGAUCAGUAAAUCUUUAUUUGAGUUUUGACGGUCAUAAUCCCAUCAGCCAAGUUCUGACCUUUGAGUAUCGCGCUCCUUUGACGGGCAACUGGAUGAUCUCUGCAGAAGAAAUGUCAAAUUGGGAAAAGUUUAGAGUUCAGAUGAGGCUUGCUCACUUGCUAUUUUCUACCUCUAAGAGCCUUAACUUUCUAUCAAGUAAAGUAUCGCCAGAUACCCUCAAAGAAGCCAAAAAGUUUGCGCACAAAACCUCCCACAUUGCUGAUGGUUGGGCAUAUAUGAUUGAGUCAAUUGAAAAUAACAAAAUCUCUUUUCAACAAGCCAAGGACAGCUUGUUUGAGCUUGCCUUAAAGAACAGACUAUAUGAAUGGCUGUUGGAAAGAGUAGUUGAAGGGUGUAUAACUUCUGACCGUGAUGAGCAAGGUCAAGGAGUAAUCCAUUUGUGCUCUAUCCUAGAUUAUACGUGGGCUGUCUACCCAUUUGCCUGUUCUGGCUUAUCAUUGGAUUAUCGGGACAAAUUUGGAUGGACGGCUCUUCAUUGGGCUGCAUAUUGUGGAAGGGAGAAAAUGGUUGCUGCUCUUCUGUCUGCAGGAGCCAAGCCAAACUUGGUCACAGACCCAAAUUCAGAAAACCCCGGUGGAUGCACUGCAGCUGAUCUUGCAUCAAUAGAAGGUUAUGAUGGUUUAGCAGCUUAUCUAGCAGAAAAGGGUUUAGUGGAACACUUUAAGGAGAUGACAAUAGCUGGAAAUGUCAGUGGCUCGUUGCAAACUAGCACACCUGACUCAGUAAACCUCAGGAACCUCAGCAAAGAGGAGCUGUAUCUGAAGGACACUCUGGCAGCCUAUCGGACGGCUGCUGAUGCCGCAGCCCGCAUACAGGCUGCAUUCAGGGAACACUCCUUUAAGCUACGGGCAAAAGCAAUUGAGUUUUCCAAUCCAGAGAAUGAAGCACGUAGCAUAAUUGCAGCAAUGAAAAUCCAGCAUGCCUUCCGCAACUAUGAAUCACGAAAAACGAUGGCAGCUGCUGCCCGAAUUCAACAUAGGUUCCGCACUUGGAAGACCCGAAGAGAGUUUCUCAAUAUGCGAUGUCAAGUUAUCAAAAUUCAAGCAGUUUUCAGGGGCUUCCAAGUCAGGAAGCAGUAUCGGAAGAUUACUUGGUCAGUUGGAGUGCUUGAAAAAGCAAUUUUACGUUGGCGUAUGAAGAGAAGAGGCUUUCGUGGGUUUCAGGUUCUCCCUGCUGAAGCUGCGAACGAUCCAAUGCAAGAAAGUGAUGUGGAGGAGGACUUCUUCCGAGCAAGCAGGAAACAAGCUGAACAGCGUGUUGAGAGGUCUGUUGUUCGAGUCCAAGCCAUGUUUCGUUCAAAGAAAGCACAACAAGAAUAUCAGAUGAUGAAGUUGGCCCACAACCAAGCUAGGCUGGAAUAUGAAGGACUUGUCUCUCCUGACAUUGAUAUGGGAUGAUGAGAGAUUGUUAGAGUUUCAUAGGUUUCAGGCAUGAUUUACUUCAAUCUAGAGUGCUAGGCAGUUUACAGUAUUCCCCCAUGAAAAAGAAAAUGUUUUGAAGGGCAAGUUUGUGUUCUUGGCUGUAAAUGUACAUCUUGUAAAUACCUAGAUCAAUAUAGUCUUGUAAAUUUGGCCCGUUUUAUGAAAGAGUUAUGUUAGAGACCCCGAAUAAUCUACUAAAUUUUCUACCAAAACUCUCUCACAGGUGUGGGACCCACACACAUAUAAGUUUGUGUAGAUCCCACACUCAUGUGAGAGGUUUAGUGAAAAUUUUGAUAGAUUAUUUGGGGUCCAUAGCAUUUUCCUUUAUGAAAUGAGGGCACCAUGGUUUCUGUUUUCUUCAGCCUCGCAGGUUGGGCAUCGAUGUUAUUUCUGUCUUUUGAUGUCUUGCGUAGGUUGGUUAUGUUUUUGUUUGUGCACUUAGGUGCGUGCCUUGAUCUCAUUGUACUAUCUCUUUUUUUGGUAAUAAAAUUUCUUGCCAAAAAAAUGGUUUCAGUUUC